CUUACCUUCCAACCACAAAACCCUGAACAGUCAACAAAAGCAAAACACUGAACCACAAAACCCUAGAGGAAAAGAACUUUCCUGUAUCUCGUGAGCGAAGAAAUGGAGGAUGCUCCAAUAGAAGACGGAGAGAACCACAAAGAUAUUGAGGUGGCUCCGGCUCUAAUCUCGGUUCAUCCGGCCCAGGAAUCCGUCGCUGUCACCGUCGGGUCGGAACUCCGUGUCUUCGACCUUCAUGGAGGUAGUGCAGUUUCUUUGGUGGAUGAGUCCCAUGGGCCAUUUCAUAAGGAUUCCAUUAGAGCUAUUCGCUAUGGUGCAAACGGGAAACUCUUUGUAUCUGCAGGUGAUGAUAAACUUGUCAAGAUAUGGUCCACGGAGUCUUGGCACUGCAUUUGUACUGUGUCCUCCGAGAAAAGAGUGACUGCAGUUGCCCUGAGCAAUGAUGGUUUGCAUGUCUGUUUUGCUGACAAAUUUGGUGUUGUUUGGGUUGUGGACCUGGAUAGCGUCGAUAGCAAUCAAGCUUUAGUCAAUAAGAAGGCAGUACAAAUGCUUGCUCACUACUGUAGCAUCAUCACUAGCCUGGAAUUUUCACCGGAUGGGAGGUUUAUUGUUAGUGCUGAUCGGGAUUUCAAAAUUCGUGUUACUGUGUUUCCCAAGAAGCCUUCAGAUGGAGCUCAUGAGAUACAAAGCUUUUGCCUUGGUCAUACUGAAUUUGUUUCCUGCCUUGCCUUUGUUUCUACUUCAGAGUACCCCCAGGGAUUUCUUGUCUCUGGAAGUGGUGAUUCAACAGUUCGCUUAUGGAAUAUUUCAUCUGGAUCUCUCCUUGAUACUUGUGAAGUUGAAGUGAAGGCUGGUCUUUUAGAGUCUAAUAGAAGAGGAGAGGAAUGCAAUUCCGCUAUUACUGAUCUUUGCACCAUCCCAGAUUGUACAAUGAUUGCGGUCGCUAUUCAAAGCUUGCAAGGAAUAGUGCUGUUGAGCUGUGACCUUUCUGCUCGAACCCUUUCAAUUGCAAAGGUGGUUUCAAUCAUGGGAGAGACAUUCAUUCCUACAAGCUCAAGGGCUAGCUUUUCUGCGGGACUAUUGUGGAUGGUAGCAGGUGUCUCUAACUUGCGUGGUUUCGAUCAUCCUUCUUUGGCUCGGGUUAGGAUUAUCUCAGGUUUUAACAAAAGCAACCUCGACCCUCAAGAGUUUGAACCAAUCGUCUUGAAAGAUAAUGAGAUUCCUGGCGGAUAUAAACUGCUUGAAAAGUUGCAGGGAAGUGUGGCGGUGGAGGAAAAGGUUUUCCUGGCAGCUGCUGAAGCUGUGAAAGCAGCAAUGAGCAAUUUGCUAGUUAAAAAGCAGUACUCUGUGGAGAAACGAGAAUUUAGAAAGAGAACUAGAAAUGAUAGAAAAACCAAACAGUGAUCUCGCUGUGGCACUGAUUAUUCUGAAACUGAUUUUUGGAGCAACUGGGUUUGAUCUA